GCGGUAGUAUAAAUACGGUUAUAGCGCUUCAGUACGCUAAACCAAUUCUUCCGAACACUAACGGAUAACUAUAAGAGCUUCAAAGAAUAUUACUUGAAUAGUAGUUCCCCUUAUAUACAAAAUAAGGCUUGAACAUGGCUCUACCAAACGGCAAUAUGGAGAUUGUCUUUUCAUUCGACACGACGGGAAGUAUGUCCAGCUGCCUCGCAGAAGUACGGGGGCGUGUAUCGGACAUGGCACAAAGGCUUCAGGCUGACAUCCCCGGUAUAAAGAUCGGCAUCUUCGCGCACGGCGAUUAUUGCGACAAGCAUAACUACAUUACGAAACACGUUGAUCUAACCACUGACAUUGCAAAACUCAUGGAUUUCGUGCAAAACGUGAAACCCACGGGUGGUGGCGACAGCGAUGAGUGCUACGAGCUUGUCCUUCACGAGGUUCGCACCAAAUUGUCCUGGACGCCGGGCACACAGAGGGCACUCGUCAUGAUUGGCGACUGUAACCCCCACGAGCCAAACUAUCCACAAAACAAGCUGAAACUGGACUGGAGGAAAGAGGCAGAUGCUCUUGCUGGCAUUGGCGUUCGCAUUUACAGUGUCCAGUGCGCAAGCUACGGCGCUGACCAUUUCUACGGGGAUAUUGCUAAGCGCACUGGAGGUCAGCAUUUGAGGCUCAGCGACUUCAAGAAUGUGUUCGACUUUUUGAUGACCGUUUGCUAUCGUGAGAAGAGUGACGAUCUGUUCACUUCCUAUGAGAAGGAGGUUCGCGCUCGAUGCGGGAAAGUCAACAAAGACCUUGAUAAGCUAUUCGGUGACUUGAGGGACAAGGCCCCAAUGGACACUGAUUCAGCCAUGUCAUCGAAGUCUGGCAAGCCACUUUCUAAAGCCAAGAAAAUUGUGACAGCAAAGGCUGUGAUGGCAAAGAAAACCUCUGUUACAAAAUUCAAGACCCCACCUAAGCGCCUAAGGAGACCCAAAAGUAGUGCCAAUAAAUUCGCUGAUAAAAAUCUCCCAAAGCUGCGACGUGAAAACGUUCCCGAAAACAAUUUCCUGAUGAGGCAACUAAAUUGGAGUCCCUGGAAAUUGGCAAUGUCUACAAACAAGAUCGACGGAGAAGCCUGCGUUUCAAGAAAAGCUGGUGGUUUCCGAGUUAAAGAAAUGUUUAGCGGCAAAACCAAAGUCCCUGCUAUCUAUGAGGUUGCUAUUCAGCCAAAGUACCGCUGCAGGAAGUAUGUGGUAUUCAGAAAAAUGUGUCGCCGAGGAUUUCGUAUGGAAAAAAGAUGGGAGCGAAACAUCUUUUCCGGACGCAACAUUCAACAGCAACUGUCUAAGUGUCUGCAGAACAAUUGUAAAGUCUUCAUGAGAAGACUGCUUCUUGAAAAUGACAAGGUCACGACAGCGGUGAGAAGACACGUUACCAGAUACGACUACGCCUGGAAGAAUGGACGGUCGAGUACCACUGAGCAACGGGAAGUCACAAGGGCAGGGGUGAAGAUUUCCGUUUAAAUAAACAUUUACGAACAUUAAACAUAAGCUUUUAUCAAGUUGUAAAAACGGGUGUUUCUGAUGUGAAUACCAUUUGUUUUUCGUAUAUUAGGUAGUCUGGUUCCCUGCUUACUGAUAUUCCAUACAGUACCGAAAACGAUAGUGUUAGAGGAAGGAACUCCAGACUAUAUAUGAUGUAGCCUGGGUUACCUGCCCUUACCAUUUCAUUAUCUCUUAUUGUGCAGAGUACUCUGGGAACCAGACAAUAUAUGAUGUUGCAUUUGUUUGUAGUAACUUAAUAUAACUGGUUCAUUGGCUUAUGUGAUAAGUUGAGACAGCGCAAUAUUGUGUAAAUAACUGUAUAUAAAGUGUAGCAUUUAAUAUGUUUAAAUUAUUCGUAACUUUCAUUUGUACAUAACUAACUAUACAUAUACCUCACGUUGUAAUUAUUUGUUGAAAAAAUGUUUUGUAACGUGAAAUAAAUAUAAAAGAUGGA